GACGAAAAAUAUCAACAGCCGUUGGCCUAGUAAGUAGUGCUUGUGAAACUGGCGCACAAGCUACAUAUGAGGUGAAGAUGAAUUCCACACGCUUGUGUAUUUUUGGCUUGUAUCUGUUUUGUGUAAUGAGAAUAGGUUGUGGGCUUUUAUCAUGAAAUUUUCGACUUUUGCUUGUGGUUUCAAUGGCCUACAUCAGAUAGGUUCUUUAGAUGAUGCAUCUGUGUCAACUUGGUGUCGAAUAAAUGAUGCAUUGGAAUGUGAACCAUGUUUGUCACUUUCUUGGGAUUCUCUCAACAUAUGUGCUAAUGGGCAUGUCCAACGAAAUGGAAUUACUAUCAAAGCACCACCUGGAUGUGAACAAGAAACACCAAGCAUGCUGUGUUCUGCUGAAGAUCGGCUGGUGGCUCUGUAUCCUGAUGGCUCCACCUGGCUAAGGACAACUGCCUGGCGCCGACUAGCACUCCAGUCAGCUGGCCAGGAGACUGCUGAGCCUGCACGUCAUGUGAGCAUCGGCAGACACACAUUGGCUGCCUGUGACACAGGUGGCUCACUGCUGACCCUGGACGGGGUACCGACACCGGCCGGUGAAUGGCUGCAGGCGGUCUCCUGCGGCCGAGAGCACGUGGUGCUGCUCACACGCUCCGGACGAGUGUUCACCUACGGUGGCGGCAGCCGAGGUCAGCUGGGGACCGGCGAGCUGAGCUCCUCGGACGUGCCUCAGCUGGUGACCGCCCUGGACGGACUCGCCAUCACCCAGGUGUGCGCCGGCGGAUGGCACACGGCAGCGCUGUCGAGCUCCGGUGACGUGUACACCUGGGGCUGGAACGAGUCCGGCCAGCUCGGGCUCGGAGACGCGGUGAACGUGGCUGCCGAGCCGGCGCUGGUGGACGCGCUUCCCAGUGACGUCACCGUCACUCAGCUGGCCUGCGGCUUGCGACACACGCUGGCGCUGCUCGAGGACGGCUCGGUGAUCGGCUGGGGUUGGAACGGUCAUAGUCAGCUGGCCCUGCCGCCCUGUGACCGGUCACUGCCCCGGGCCCUGCCGCUGCCGGAGCGAGGCACCGUAGUCAGGGUAGCCGCCGGUGGCUGGAACUCCGCUCUGGUAACCCGGGAGGACAGCUGAUGAGUCUUCGGUGACCGGUGCAGUGAAGUAGCGUGCUUUGUAAAAUUGAAAGAUAUUUCGGGGUGCGCCUAACCGGGCAUGAUGGCGAGCCCAAGGCGAUAAGGCGAGCCCUUUUAUGGCGUGCGUCAUAAAUUCGAAGUAUCCGGUACUAAAGCUGAUUUUGCCAGCGUGUAUCGUUUUCAGAUCGGGUAUUUGGUCGUGAUCACAGCACCUUGCCUCUGCUAUGUGAUGUGGGGAUUUGGGAGGGCUUUGUCAUAAAAUGGUGGGGUAUGCAAUGAAAUGUAUUUUGUUUGCUUGAUAAGGUUACUUUUUGCAGUGUUUUCUUAAGCUUUUAGUUAUGGAAGGCUUAGCUUUUCGAAUUUCGAAAGGGUUAGCAUAGUGUAAAUGUACGCUUACCGUCGAAUGUGAUGCUUUGACGACAGAAGGUGCAAAUGUGUUCAUGUCAUUUGUUAUCAUUUUUCGGAAAAGAUUGGUUAUGCGCAUUCAGAGUGUUCUGUUUUAGGUAAGUUUCACUCAAUAUGCAUGAGAGUUCUCAAGAGAAGGGAUUUCUCGAAUAAAUGCUGUUUUUGUUGAG